AUCUUAAAAUUCUGAGAGCCUUACGGUUUAGAGUAUACAGUAUAUACGACCUUAUUGGAGGGCAUGGUAAUGACCGGCUUUGCUGGUUUUGCUUAUGCUGAGAUACCUAGAAACUCCAGCAAUAGUUAAUGCAGUGCCAUUCCAGAAAAGUUAUCCAUAUGACAAAUGCAUCAAACAUUUUAAAUUAAAAUUAGAAAUUUCUUCAUGCAGCUUGCAAAAAUUAAACUUAAGUGCAAAUGUUGAAUAAUGUUCGGCAGAAGUUCAAGAGUUUGGAUAGCUUUUCUACGCAUAAACAAAUGCUAUUUUCACCGUUCAUCGAGAGUGAAUAACUCUGCCAAGCGUUCCCAUCCACAGCUACCUUUAUGUUCUAAUUAUUAUUCUCGAUUGCCUGCAUGCGAUUGGCAUCUGGACAAUCUGGAGCAACAAACAUAACUAGCCCAAAAGCUCCGAAAGCCGAAAAUCAGAAUCGCAGCCACGCAAGACAGGUACAAUUUGUGAUCUCAGGUUCAAACGGGAAAGUGCACCGUAUUUUGACGGCCAUCUGGCAGCGCUGCUGCUGCUGCUGCUGGUGCUGCUGCCGUGGUUCGCGGCCCAAGAAGGGUGUAAAAGUUAUGCGCCCGGUGGGAGAGACGGUGUGGAUGCCCGCCCGUAGCGGAACAACAUGAUGAUGUGUAGUGGUUGUGCUUGCCGUUCGUUGGCUAGGUAUGUGAUGUGCGCUGUGGUGUGUAGAGACGAAUGAGAGCUGCAGAGCAAAAGAACGAGGAAUAACCGUAUCAUGUCGAUUAAAUACAACAGAGUCAGCUCAGUCAGUUGAGAAGUAAUGUUAGAUGGGGAACACCAGAGCAAUGCAAACCGCGGUGUGGUGAGGCGAGAGCUUUGACCUCUAUAUAAUAUAAAAGUUGAAAUUAGUGACGUAACGAGUUUCUUGUGUCUGCCUGCCAGUGCUGUCUGGGAGUUUGGUGGCCAUUCUCUCGACUGCCAGUGGCGAGUCAAGUGCACAGAGUGUUGUUGACUUCGAAGAAACAGGAAAUCGGUUGGCGUUGUCCCCAAGAGCGUUUAGCGCAAGAGCAACUGAAAGAGAGGCUGCUCUCUUAGCCAAAUCUACAGGAGAUGAAAUUGGAACCUGGAACGCAACAGUUCGGCACCAGUCUGGAUGACAAAACGCAGAGUUUGCAGCACCUGUCCUCACUGAGCAGCAUGAGCAUCGAGUUGUGUCUGGUGUGCGGAGAUCGUGCUUCCGGUCGGCACUAUGGGGCCAUCAGCUGCGAAGGUUGCAAGGGAUUCUUCAAACGGUCCAUCCGAAAACAGCUCGGCUACCAAUGCCGGGGGUCAAUGAACUGUGAAGUGACAAAACAUCAUCGCAACAGGUGUCAAUACUGUCGGCUGCAGAAAUGCUUGGCUUGCGGAAUGCGAAGUGAUUCUGUCCAGCAUGAACGCAAGCCCAUCAUUGAUAAGAAGGAUGGCCAGGCCGGUCCGAAUCCGAACAGCAAGUACAAUCCUCAUCGGAACAAAGAAUAUCACAACGAGCAGAAGGCAAAUGCCGCCGCUGCAGCUUCCUACCUAAAUAUAUUUCCUGGUUUCAACCUGGCCGAGUUCACCGCAAAUCUAAGCAAACGGGCAAGCAAUCCUCCGGCAGCAGCAUCACAUCUUCCGUCCUCCGCAACAACAGUUACUCCUGCCAAUCCCUUCAGCUCGCUGCACUCUCUUAAAACGCAGGAAGAAACCCGUCAACCGACUCCGGCCGAUUCGAUCGCAGCCCUGAUCGGUCUGAAUCCAACGGCCGCAGCAGCCGUUGCAAUGUCUGGCCUGGGACCACCACAGCAACCGGCCACACUGGACUCACCGGAAGCCCCCACGAAACCUCCACCAUCGUCAACCCAUACCCUCCCGAUGGAUACGGCAGAAAAUACGUCGCUGGAGAAAAACCUCAUUUGCAAUUCCCUGGAGUUCAUCCAAAAUCUGGAACACGAACUGAACAACAACGUCAACAACAAUUACGGCAUUAAGGCAGAACUGAACAACGGGCGGGACGACGAUCAGGACGAAGAUUGUCUAAACUUCGACUACGGCAGCUUGGAGCUGUCGGAUAACUGUAUCAGUUUCGACAUCCAGGUUCCGAACGUACUGCCCAGCUAUCUGAGUGCACACUACGUUUGUGAGACCGCCUCGCGGCUGCUGUUCGCUACCGUCCAUUGGAUGAAGAAGAAUCACCUCUUUUCGAUGCUCAGUGACUCGUUCCAAUCGGAGUUGCUGCGCCAAACAUGGCCGGAACUAUUUAUGAUCGGGCUCGGACAGAGCAGCGGUCAGCUGUCCUUCAACACCAUCAUGUUGGCUCUUAUCCAGUACAUGAAAACGUUGAUUCUGAACAAGAAAUACGGCAGUGACGUAAUCAACUAUCUAACCAAAUAUGUACUGCUGAUACAGGAAUUCGUCACCGAGCUGCAGAAGUUAAAUCUAACCGAUCAGGAAUUUGCUUACAUGCGGUUGCUGUGUGUAUUUAAUCCUGACAACAUCCUCCAGGACAACGUUAAGAAUCAACACUUAGCAAAGAUUCAGGACAUGGUACUUACCAGCUUCCGCGAUUACUACAAGCACAAACACAGCCGACUGGCGUCCAGUGAAAGCGAGGAGAACAUCCGCGGGAACAACGACGACGAAGACGACUACUACGAAUCCAGUCACCACCGGCAGCAGAGACAGCAGCAGCGGCGGCUGAGCCUCGAGCAGCGGCUCAUGAUGGUACUGAUGAAGCUGCCCACGCUGCGUGCCUUGAACUCCAAGCGCGACCUGGAAGAUCUCUUUUUCAGCAACCAAAUAGGCCAGGUGCAGAUCGAGAAUGUGCUAACGUACAUCCUGCAGACCAACGAUGGUGCCGCAACGUUCGCCAGCGUUGUGCGGAACUAUUCCACCAACAUCGCUCUCGGUUCCGGUGGGUCCCAGAUGGACAGCGACGACUGAUCUCGUUCGCAACAAGGCAAUUUACUGCUUAUGAUUUUGAUUUCAAAAAUGGCACUAGUAUUUUUUUUCUGCGUAAUGAUAU